AUGGGAGGGGAGAAGAUGAUGGGGGAGCUAGUGCUUGUGGGCUGUCACAAGGGAAACCAGCCAGGGGAGAAACUGUUUAAAUGUAUUCCCUGUUGGGGAACUCAGACGGACCUCAAGGAAACCACAAAACAGCAGGAAAUCUUCAGGGGAAAGAGAAAAAAUACAUGUGCUGAGUGUGGGAAAAACGUAUGUGACUACUCAAGCCAUAUAAAGCAUCAGAGAAUCCACACAGGGGAGAGGCCCUAUGAAUGCAGUGAAUGUGGAAAAUGUUUCACGAAGAGCUCAGCCCUUUCUGAACAUCAGAGAAUCCACACAGGAGAGAGACCCUAUGAAUGCAGUGAUUGUGGAAAACGCUUCACGAAGAGCUCAGCCCUUUCUGAACAUCAGAGAAUCCACACAGGGGAGAGGCCCUUUGAAUGCCAUGAAUGUGGAAAAUGCUUCACUAACACCUCAGGCAUUUCUAAACAUCAGAGAAUCCACACAGGGGAGAGGCCCUUUGAAUGCCAUGAAUGUGGAAAAUGCUUCACUAACACCUCAGCCCUUUCUGAACAUCAGAGAAUCCACACAGGAGAGAGGCCCUAUGAAUGCAGUGAGUGUGGGAAAUCCUUCAAUCGCAGCUCAAACCUUAUUACCCAUCAGACAAUCCACACAGGGGAGAGGCCCUAUAAAUGCUGUGAGUGUGGAAAAUGCUUUCUUAGCAGCUCAGCCCUUUCUAAACAUCAGAGAAUCCACACAGGGGAGAGGCCAUAUAAAUGCAGUGAAUGUGGAAAAUGCUUCACUAACACCUCAGCCCUUUCUGAACAUCAGAGAAUCCACACAGGUGAGAGGCCCUAUGAAUGCUCUGAGUGUGGGAAAACCUUCAAUCGCCGCUCAAACCUUAUUACUCAUCAGCGAAUCCACACAGGGGAGAGGCCCUAUAAAUGCUGUGAGUGUGGAAAAUACUUCACUAAGAGCUCAGCUCUUUCUGAACAUCAGAGAAUCCACACAGGGGAGAGGCCCUUUGAAUGCCAUGAGUGUGGGAAAAGCUUCAAUGGGAGUUCAGACCUUUUCACACAUCAGGGAAUCCACAGAGGAGAGAGACCCUACAUGUGCUCUGAGUGUGGGAAAAGCUUCAGUCGGAGCUCACACCUUACCGCACAUCAGAUAAUCCACACAGGUGAGAAACCUUAUGGAUGCGCUGAGUGCGGGAAACGCUUCAAUUGGAGCUCCUACCUUAUUACACAUAGGAGAAUCCACACAGGUGAGAAACCUUAUGGAUGCGCUGAGUGUGGGAAAUGCUUCAGUUGGCGCUCACAUCUUAUCAGACAUCAGAGAAUCCACACUGGAGAGACGCCCUGCACAUGCUCUGAGUGCGGGAAAAGUUUUAAUUGGCACUCACAGCUUAUCACACAUCGUAGAAUCCACACAGGUGAGACACCCUACACGUGCUCUCAGUGCGGGAAACACUUCAGUCGGGGCUCAAGCCUUAUCACACAUUUGAGAAUCCACACAGGAGAGACGCCCUACACAUGCUCGGAGUGCGGGAAAAGCUUCAAUCAGAGCUCGCACCUUAUCACACAUCAGAGGAUCCACACAGGAGAAAUGCCCUACACAUGCGCUGAGUGCGGGAAAAGCUUCAAACAGAGCUCUAGCCUGAGCAGACAUCGGAGAAUCCACACA